CAGCUCCGGAGCUGACUCUCGUGUACUGCAGUAACCUGUGACCAUAUGCCAGUAAUAUCUUAUCUGUUACAUAUGAUAUAACACCUUAGCAAUUAAUAUUAUCCGGUCAAUACAGACCUGUGCUCGCAGGACACAAAACACCGACUGGAAAAAACCUGCUAACCUGAAGGUAAGUCAGAAUGGCCCAGGCUAUACCAGACAAGAUAAUGAAGAAUACCACGCUGAUAAAAGACUUGGCAGAGGUGGCAAAAGAUGUGGCACUUCUGCAGGGUGUCCUGAUGAGGAUCCAAGAGACCCCCAACUCAUCAGAGUUGGUGACCUACGCUCCCUUCACACUCUUCCCCACACCUGUGCCAAAGGCUGUGUUCCUCCAGGCUCUGGCCGUGCAAACUCACUACAACACACUGGUGGACAAGAUCAGCCAGGACACAGACUUUCUGCAAGAGGCCCUUGCGAGCACCAUUGAAGUGGAUGAUUUCACUGCAAGGUUGUUCAGGAUCCACCAACAAAUCCUUAAAGAAGGAAGGUCUCAGUCCAUUGUGUUGGGGCUCAAUCGGUCUGACUACAUGCUGGACCAAGGAGACGACGGGUCGUCAUCUCUGAAACAGAUAGAAAUCAACACAUUUGCUGCCAGUUUUGGUGGGCUCUCAUCACGCAUGCCAGAUGUACACCGACACAUCCUUAAUGUGGCGGGGCAACUGGAGGAGAGCCAGCGGAUCCUCGACAACAACCCUGCAGCUGGUCUGGCCAGAACUAUUGCCAAAGCGUGGGAGCUCUAUGGAUCAGAGAGAGCAGUCGUCAUGUUCUUGGUGGAAGAGAACCAAAGGAACAUCUUUGAUCAGCGAUACAUUGAGAACGAACUGUGGAAGAGCAACAUUCCCACAAUAAGAAUGCGGUUCGACGAUGUUUAUAAAACAGGAUCCCUUGAUCAGGACAAGAGGCUGUUUGUUGAUGGUCAAGAGGUUGCAGUGGUGUACUUCAGGAACGGCUACAUGCCUCAGAACUACACUUCUGAACAGACUUGGGAAGCUCGUCUUCUGAUGGAGCGCUCUCUGGCUGUGAAGUGUCCAGAUAUCAGCACUCACCUAGCUGGAACUAAGAAAGUCCAGCAGGUGCUCGCCAGACCUGGAGUUCUGGAGAAGUUCUUCCCUGACCAGCCCCAAGUAGUGGAGGAGAUCAGAGCAACGUUUGCUGGCCUCUACACACUAGACAUGGGACCAGAGGGUGACAGAACAGUACAAAUGGCUUUGGCAGCACCAGACCGGUUUGUCCUAAAGCCUCAGCGAGAGGGAGGAGGUAACAACAUCUAUGGAUCAGAGAUCUGUCAGGUCCUGCAGGGAGUAAAGGAGAACACAGAGAGAAUGGCCUAUAUUCUGAUGGAUAAAAUCAAUCCAACCCCUGUGCAGAACUACCUGUUGAGACGAGACAGUCCUCUCCAAAUCAGUAACUGUCUCAGUGAACUGGGAGUGUUCGGAGCAUAUGUCAGGCAAGGUAAAGACAUGGUGAUGAACGAGUGUGUGGGUCAUCUGCUACGGACCAAGAGUUCAGAACACUCGGACGGAGGCGUCGCAGCAGGAGUGGCUGUGCUGGACAAUCCUUUCCUUGUCGAAAAUUGACAAUACUAGCUGCUUUCAAAAACAAAAACGCACAGGGAUUACGACGAAAUCAAGGUUGCACACUCACACAGUUACUUUGGCUGCUACAGCUCGAAAUUGAGCAUAGUCCCACGAUAACAUACUUGACACAAGCUGGACAGACAUACUAUCAGUGCAGGCUUCAGAUGAAGCCUCCAGGACUCCUGAUGUAAGAGGUGAUGCAGUAUAUUCAAGUCUUUGUAUUAUUUCUAGUGUAGCUUGGUGUUAUUCACCUACAUUACCAAUGCCAGUGGUUCCAGAAGGUACAACGACUGUGUUUGUUAUCAGCUUUUGAUAUCAUGUUGAUUCUUUUUAAGUGGAGAGCAGCUCUCAAUUACACACUCAAGGCAAGUGUAAACACUAAAACCCAGUACGAGAUUUGAACGGAUUAUUUUUACAUAAUAACAGUUUGAUUACAUGUUUACGUGCCCUAAUUCUCAGUAAAUGAGCCUUUAUUUACUUGAAAUGAAUUAAGGACCAGUUGAAUAGAUGAUGUGAAACCAUUAUAUGUAGUAUGUUAAUAAUAGUAAAAAUGUUGAUAAAAAUCUCACUUACUGUCAUUCCCUUAGGGACAUAAUCAAGAGGAGGGGUAAAUGCAUGUUUAUAGUGCUUUUCUAGUGAGUUUUACACUCAAAGUGCUUUCCCACUAUGACUUACAUUAUCUAUUCACACAUUCAUACAUUGGUGGCUAAGGCUACUGUACAAGGUGCACAUUUUAAAAAAAAUUCAUACACACCCCAACACUGAUGUAACAGCCGUCAGCAGGGAUUUGGGCUUCAGUAUCUUGCCCAAGGGUGCAUUGACUCAUUGACUGUAGGAGCCAGGGAUCAAACCUUCCGAUAAGAGGAUGUCCCGCUCUAACUUCCAGUGAAUGCAUCACAAAUAAUGUGACAGUUAGUCACUUUGUUAGCGUGCAGGUUGCAGUAACAUUAUCCUUAAUAGCUAGGAAAAAAAGAAUGUUUUGCAAGACAGCUAAGCUUUUACUUAAAGUUUCCGGGUGAUUUGCUUAGUUCCUUGUAGAUUUGUAAUAUGCCAGUUUUAUAAGGAAACCUUUUUUUUUCUUUACGUGUGUCCAUGUGUAUCACUCUUGAUCCCCUCCCUAAACUUCUUUAGUUUAUGUGGGUCUGUGGGCUCUCCUUGAGUUUGUAACUGGCAGGAGUGAAAAACGGUUCUGUUGAUCCAUUCAAAGCUGAUCUGAACAUGAUUCUGAACUUUCCGUUUGCGCGUUUUUUUGUUUUUGUUUUUUUCUUAAAAUCAUUUUGUGCCCCCUCUCUGAAUUUAAACGCAGCACAGACAAAGCUCAUCAUGAGUCAUAUUUAUUCCUUAGCAGCAAUUUAAGUCACAGCGUGGAUAAUUGAUCAUUUGAUCCAGUCAAAGCUGAUCAGAUUGAUGGAUUAGAGGAGCAGUUGCUUCAGAGGAAGUGAAAAUAAACUUCAAGACCCAGCA